CGCUUCCUCCUGCCAGCGGGAACCGGGAAGCGCCCGGCGCUGAGGGCAAGAGGGCGAGGAGCGCCGCGGACUUCCUCGUCCGCCACCCGGGACAGCAAGAGUCCCAGCAAGACGGGGAGAAAUGAUGGUGCGGGCGCCCUGCAACAAUUUUAUGAAGUUAGGAGGGUUUAUCUUUGCAUCUGUCUGUGCCUGGUACUUUGGAUCCCUAUUGGCAUCUAUUAUACCUGAAGACUCCUUAGCAUCAGCUUUUGACAACCUUCAAAACGUUGCCGAGAAACCAAAACUUAAAGCACCACUCCCGAAAAGACUGAAAUGUGACCACUGGUCUCCAUGUUCACCUGGGAGCUAUGCUUAUCGCAUACUCAGUGGUGGUGGUCAGAAGUCUCUCGCCAAGAUCUGUUUUGAAGAUCAGCUACUCAUGAGCAAAGAAAGUCAAAAUGUUGGAAGAGGAAUAAAUGUUGCCAUUGUAGACUAUAACACUGGGAAGCUUCUUAAUGCAAAAUCUUUUGACAUGUGGCAAGGAGCAUUCUCUGCACCACUGGCUGAUUUUGUUCAAAAAGCACCCCAGAAAUCUCUGCUCCUGAUGGUGACCUAUGAUGAUGGAAGCUCAAGGUUAAUGGAGGAUGCAAAAAAGGCAAUAGCAGAUCUAGGAAGUAAAGAAAUACGGAAUUUGAAAUUCAGGUCAAGCUGGGCCUUUAUAGCAGCAAAAGGUUUUGAACUGCCAGCAAACACACAAAGGGAAAUGAUCAACCAUUCUGAUGCGAAAAAGAAUCGAUAUAAUGGCUGGCCAGCUGAAGUCCAGAUAGAAGGCUGUAUUCCAAAAAACUAACAGUCUGGAUUCUCAAGUUAAGAUGUAUCAACAAAGGAAUGCACUGCAUUAUUACCACAUGAUCUCAGAAUGAUUUGUUUGCCAUACAUAGGAAUGUCUUUGGCCAUGAAAAUGCCCAUACUUUUUCACAAUACUAUGGCUGAGUACAAAUGCAAGGGGAUUGUAGCUGCUUAGUUCAUUCCCUGGUCUUCCUGUUCUUCUGCUGCUGUGAUUUCACCCACAGUUUGACUUGGCAGAGUUGGCACAUCACACAAACCUGGGCUCAUGGUUUGUCAGAGAUAUAAACCCAAGAAAAACCUUGGAUAUAACUUGUGGUUUGUCUGGAACAGGACAAACCAUGAGCCCAGAUGUGGACAACACACUAAGACAAACCAUGACUUUGCAAACCACUGCAGCAGAGCAGGAGCACAAUCUUCUCUCUGGGAGCUCAGCUCACACAUUCACACUUUGGGUAUGUUCACAUUAGUGGGUUAAAAUGCACUGAGGUCAAACCCCACCCCCUUCAAGCCUUAUUGGCAUGGUGUUAUUUGCAUCAAGAAAGGGAUGGGGAUCUCUUCACCAGACACACUUGAUACUUUAUGUUUCUCUGCUGCUGGAACUGCCACCUCAUCCUCAACCACCUAUUCAUUAAGCUGUCAUCUUUGCGUGUGUGGCGAUUGUCUCAAUUGUUCACAUUACAGCCACAUUACUUUCAUUGAAACAUCUUAAAGCCAAAUCUGGUCAUCACGACACUGGUAGUUUCAUGGCUUCACGGUUUUAUACUUGAAUGUAUAUGCAUUUAUUACUUUAAUUACUCUGGAAUAAAUAAAAGGAUUUAAUUUUUAAAAUGA